CCUGCUUUAUUAUCGUAAAACUUUUUAAUCCAAAUAUGACGCUGUAGGCUAACAGGUCAACGAGACGAAUUGCCAAAGGAUAGCAGAAAUGCAUUCUUAUUCCAAUAGUUAGUGUAGUAAAUACGACAUAAAUGCACUUACAUAAUAAGUCCAUUAUGAAUCGAUUCGCAUUGUUAAAUUAUUUUCUUUUACUGAUUGUUACUACUGAUCAAACGUACGGUUGUUCUUCUGCAUGUUGUUCGAAUACUAUUCCAACAUCUAACUGUUGUCAAAAAACAUGCCACUCUUCUUGUACACAGUCGGUAUGUGCUACAUCUUCUCCAGUAAUCCCAACAAGUAAUACCACAGCCCCGAAUCAUCCGACUGACAGUGCGAGAGUCGUACCACCUGUAGAAAGUUCAAAUCCAAUUAACGUAACAUCCAUAGUCGAUUUCAAAAAUGAAAUACAUAACACUAACGAGAUACAUAUUCCUAUAAAUAUAACAAAUGUAAACAGCAAUAACGUAAAUAGUGUAGGAGGACGCACACAAUCACCACAACCCUGUAAUAAUGGGGUGGCUAAUAUAAGCAACUGCAAUCAUUCAACUCCUAUUCCCGUUCCUAUUCCAGUUCCUGUUCCUCAAGACCGUCCUGUUCCAGUUCCACAACCUGUUCCUGUACCCAUUCCAAUUAAGCAACCGUAUCCAGUUCCUAUUCCCUACACAAAAUAUAUUUCCUUUCCUCAACCAUACGUUCCUUGUGAGUCACCUUGUAAUAAAAUCCAUCCGAUAUUUUCACACCCGUUAUCUUUUCCCUCGAAGUCUUGGUACGCACCAGGUUACUUCCCCUAUUUACCACCGUUUUCGGUUAGAUUCUGAUCUAUUAGGUAUUAGUAUGUUGUCAUUAAUGUUUUUCCUUCAAGGGUGAAAAAAAUUCACAUUGUAAUAAACGUACUGUGGUACAAGCAAAGAUUAAAUUAUUAUUGUAUCAUCCACAAUAAAAUUGUGAA